AUGAAACGCUUUUAUAAGAUUAGCGAAAGCUUUGUGCAGGAAUUAUUGCAAUCGGCUGCCUUAAAAUGUCAAAAAUGGCCACUUUCAUCUUGUUUUCCUCACUUAACCCAAAUUUCCACACAACAUUGUGCACCCAAGUACAAUGUGUUCUUGAAUUUUAGAGGGAGAGAUACUCGCCAAACUUUUGUUCACUAUUUAUACGAGGCUUUACGUUCUAAAGGGAUCAUCGCAUUCAGAGAUGACAAGAGUGUGAACAAAGGGGAACCGAUUAGGCGGGAGCUAUUUCAUGCCAUUGAAGAGUGUCGAAUUGCCAUUGUAAUCCUCUCUGAAAAUUAUGCGGCUUCGGAAUGGUGUUUAGAAGAACUUGUGAAGAUCAUGAAAUGCAAGAAGCGGCUAACCAUUUUCCCAGUCUUUUAUGAUGUAUGCCCUUCAGAGGUCCGGAACUUAAGAGGUAGCUUCUGUCGAGCCUUUGCUGAACAUGAGAAAAACUAUGAGAAUAAACCCAGUAAGGUGAAGACAUGGAAAAAAGCCCUGUCUGAAGCAGCAGGGAUAUCAGGAUUUGACCUAAGCACUUUCAACGGAGAUGAAAAAAAAUGCAUUGAGGAUAUAACUGAAGAAGUCUGCAAAAAACUGGAAGCUAUAAAGAGGGAGAAGCAAAAACCAAAACUUAGACAAGGAAUGGCAACAAAGGCCAAAUCAGACCUCACUGGGGCGGCUGCAGGGUGGGCUUCUCCUCCUUACUACCCACACCAAAGCCUUCAAACCAUAGAACCAUAUAUAAGGGAAACAAAAGCCUCUGCUUAUUCUCUGGACGUGGGAUAA